AUGUCUUUUAUAACCUAUCAUAAUUUUUUAAUUCCAAUAAGACCGAAUAUUGUAUUUGAUCUUCAGCUGAUAUCCUACGAGAUUAGAUCAAAGCCAAACUGGUCCACAAAGUACCAAGAUCCAACAAUCAGAUCGAAAUGGGAGAGAGAAAUAAGGUCUGGGCUAUUGAAACGCAGCUACCAUUACGACAAUCUCGACCAUUUAAUCAAAUAUGUUUUUGAUCAUUUGAAGUAUUUCCAUUAUAUCCAGAGUGUGACUGAAGACAAGUAUGAUUGUGGUUUGAUUGAUUACAUUUUUUGCAAAGAUGAUAUUAUUAACCCAGAUUUGAAAACAAAAUUUCUUAAAAGUGCCCAAAACCUCGAAGCAAACGAACCAAAAGAUUAUCAUCCCAAUUCAAAUGAUCAGGUUCUAGACUUGCUUCAUCCUUCGUUAUACACUCUAAGAUAUGGUUAUUCGCCUGUUUUAAUUGAUAACAAGUUGAAAAUCGUUGAACAUGCUGAUGCAUACAAACCAAAUAGAUCUACUUACAAAAUAUCUCAAUAUAUUUCCGAAAAUUUCCAAUGGUUACCAACUGUUUUCAAAUUCAAUAAAUCUUCAGAUGCUUAUGAGAUUCAAUCAUAUAUCAAUAAUCUACAUCCAUUCAAAUACACUGAUCUAUAUAACGAUAUCCAAAAAAUCUUCAACUCCUGUUUAAAUGGAUUGUCUUUAGUAUUGUCUCGAGCAGAAACAGAUGCUCUUAAUACUUUUGAAACAUUCAACAAAUCAAUCUCCAUUCCUUUUGCUUCCCAAGAAAUAUACGAUGAGAGCUUUCAAAGUUUGGUUGAUGGUUUAAAAGAGAAAGCAGAAUAUUUAGAUUAUGGGUUCCAAUACGAUGUUGAAUCCUACAUUGAAAAAUUAUAUGACGAUGGUACAACUACUAAACAUCUACUUCCAUAUUCAAACAAGUCGUUAAAGUUCCCAAUUGAAGAAAAGGAUUUCAAAGUCGAUCUACUAAACUUGAAAGAACUGUAUCCUGAGCUCAAAGUCAUUGUCAAAUUGGCCAAUAUUGAAUUGACUCCUGAGAACCCAACCUAUAAUGGUGGUUCAUGGCAUGUUGAGGGCUGUGAUAAUGAGAAAAUCGUUGCAACAAUCCUAUAUUAUUACGAAAAUGACAACAUCACUGGAAGCUCUAUAAGCUUUAGAGCUCCUGUUGCCUGUGAAGACUUUUACGAAUACGAACAAGAUGCAACUGGUCCUGUUUGGGACCUAUAUAGUCUUUCAAGAGAAUCUAGAGCUGUUAGCAAUCAAGGUCAUAUCAACUGUACUGAAAACAGACUAUUGGUUUUUCCCAACUUCUUGCAGCAUCAUGUUAACAAGUUCUCAUUGUUAGAUAAAACCAAGCCUGGAACUAGGAAAAUCCUAUGUUUCUUUGUUGUUGAUCCAUCCUUAGGUGAUGAAACUCCUGUUUUCUCCACGAGUGAUGUUCCAAUUCAAAGAAAAGACUGGUGGGACGACCAAGAAUAUAAAGAAGAAUUCAAAAAGUAUCUAACCGAUGAAACGAGAUUGCAGAUUCAAGAAUUGAUACACAACAACAAGGUCAAGUUUGAAUGGCCAAUCUUACUUGAAGAAUCUAAAACCUUGAGACUUCAGUUGAUGAAAGAAAGAUCAUCUCAAGAUAAAGAUGAAAGCAAUGUUUUCAAUAACAAAUUUUGUUUAUGUGAACAUUAA